UUGGCGGUUAUCUUGAAUGUCACCUCGUUAUCGUCUGCCUUGCCGGUAGGGGUUACUCCGCUUGAAGUAUCCUGAAGCACUCACUCACUGUCACCCCAUACCAUCUCGCAUGAUCUCGGACCGACUUCCGUUUAAGCCUUCUGGGUAGGAAUCUCGUCUCUGAUAUGCUCGACGAGUGAGUGGAUCGAUUAUCGUGACUCUGACAGUAGAGACAGCCUUCCAGCCUGUAUAUGGCUCCCUAUCCAGCAUCGUCGGUCGUAAGCCGAUGAUGCUGAUUGCGAUCGCGUCCUUCACUGCGGGAACCGUGACUGCGAGUCGGGCAUCGAACGCCACGACCUUGCUUGUUGGCCGUAGUAUUCAAGGGCUGGGAGCCGGGAGAAUCACUAAUCUCUCCGAAGUUAUCCUGACCGACCUGGUGCCGUUGCGGCUGCGAGGACGAUAUCUGGCCGGCCUCAACUCAGUUUGGGCCAUUGGCUCGACAUCUGGUCCGGUAGUCGGAGCUGCCUUCGCGCAAGAGGUAAACUGGCGAUGGCUGUUCUACAUCAACCUUCCUCUCAUCGCUCUGGGACUCAUUCUGAUGAUCUUCUUCACACGACUGCAGCCCCUGCCGGUCUUUCUGCAACACAAGCUGGGCGAUACUGACUUUGGGGGUAUCCUGCUGUUCACCGGGGGUAUCACCGCCGUACUAAUCCCCGUGACGUGGGGAGGCGUGAUGUACGCCUGGAGCUCGUGGCACACACUCACACCCUUGCUCAUUGGUAUCGCGGCGCUGGCCUGCUUCGUGGCAUACGAGGGCUUGUACGUGCCCGCCAGUCCCGUUAUCUCGCUAGCCCUCUUCCGCACCCGGUCUCUCCUCGCCGGCUACAUCGGCACCAUGACCCACGGCCUGAUCCUCUCCUGUGGCCUGUAUUACUUGCCGUUCUAUUUUCAAGCUGUCAAGGGCUACACGCCAAUCAUCUCCGGCGUCGCCCUCUUCCCCGUAACCUUCACUGUGGUCCCUGGUGCCAUGGCGACGGGGAUUUUGAUCAGUCGGAUGGGCCGAUACCGGGCCCUCGUCUGGGCAGGGUGGCUUGCCACAACCCUAGGUCUGGGACUCACCUGCCUCGUGCGCGUGGACACAACCAACGCCCUCUGGAUCUUGUGUCUCAUCAUCAUCGGCUUAGGCCUGGGCAUGCUAUUUUCCGCCCUCAACCUGGCCGUGCUAGCCGCCGCACCGAGCCCGACCCAGACCGCCGCCGCCGCCACGAUGUUCACAUUCUUCCGCGCCCUCGGGCAGACUCUAGGCGUGGCGCUAGGCGGCACCAUCUUUGCGAACCGCGUGCGUGCCCACACGUUGGCCAACUCGGUUCUCGAGGCCAUUCGCACGCACACCACCACGGUGACAAACAACCACCUGGACCCGGUCGCCCUCGUGAGUCUCAUCGAUCCGAUCCCCGACCCCGAGACAGAACAGCAGAUCCGUACGGUGUUUGUGGACAGCCUGCGCGUGGUGUGGGCCUUUUGCUGCGCGAUGAGCGGCGUCACCGGGUUGCUGAGCCUCGGGAUGCGGCAUUACGAGCUAGCGCAGCCAGUAAGUUUUCCCCGUCCUUUCCCCCACCCCCUCCCUUCCUGGUCAUACAGUGCUUGGACCGAAUGAGGGGAGUGAGUCGAGGCAGGAUCUGGUGGCGAUGCAGCCUUACUCGGCCAAAGCGAGUCAUAGUUCGCUGCGGUCGAUUCCGGAGUCGGAUUAUGGCUCGGUGUGAUUGUAUGUAGCACUACUUCUGUUCCUGCCAUAUGCUCAGCCCCGUAUCUGAUAGUUUGGAUCAUCAUAGUUUCAUUGUUUAAAUCACGUAAAUAUACCCCCUUGUAUCCGGA